GCCACGGCUUCUUGGGAUCUGGCCACAGCAGAAACGACGCCUGUUUGACAAGGGUGUUCCUGAGUGUAGUUGGGAUUUGAAAGAACCAAAGACCCCUCGGAGUUCUGGAUCUGAGCUUUUUCUCUGUUCAUGGCUGCAGCACCUCUCCUCAGUUUGUGAGCUUCUCCCUGAACAGCAGCCAUGGCCUUGAAGAACGUGCCCUUUCGCUCAGAGGUCUUAGCCUGGAACCCGGACAGCCUUGCUGAUUAUUUCAGGAAGUUGAACUACAAGGACUGUGAGAAGGCGGUGAGGAAGUACCACAUUGACGGUGCUCGGUUUUUGAACCUGACAGAAAAUGACAUCCAGAAGUUCCCUAAGCUGAGGAUGCCGCUUCUCAGUAAGUUAAGUCAAGAGAUCAACAAGAAUGAAGAGAGAAGAAGCAUUUUUACACGCAAAACCCAGGUUCAGCGAUUUCCAGAGGAGACAGAAAGCCAUGAAGAAGACAAUGGUGGCUGGUCAUCCUUUGAAGAAGAUGACUAUGAAAGUCCCAACGACGAUGAUCCGGAAGGGGAGGACGAUGGUGACUACGAGUCCCCCAAUGAGGAAGAAGAGGUGUUGGCGGAUGAUGUUGAUGAUUAUGAGCCUCCCCCCUCCAACGAUGAGGAGGCUCUGCAGAACUCCAUCCUGCCCGCCAAGCCUUUCCCCAACACCAACUCCAUGUACAUAGACCGGCCUCCCACCAGCAAGGUUUCCCAGCAGCCUCCGGUGCCCCCACAGAGACCGAUGGCCGCCCUCCCUCCCUUGCCGACAGGCCGGAAUCACUCACCUCUGUCUCCACCCCAACCCACCCAUGAAGAACCCAGCAGAAAUCGAAACCACAAACCAGCAAAGUUGCCUCCUCCAUCAAUAGACAGAAGCACAAAACCUCCCCUCGACCGCUCAUUGGCGCCCCUUGACCGAGAGCCCUUUACACUAGGAAAGAAACCAACAUUUUCUGACAAGCCCUCAGCCCCUGUGGGAAGCAGGACUCUCGGGGAUCAUUUACCCAAGAUACAAAAGCCUCCUUUGCCACCAGCCAUGGACAGACACGAAAGGAAUGAGAGGAGCGGACCCUUGACAGCAAAGAAGCCACCAGUUCCAAAGCAUGGACGGGGACCAGACAGAAGAGAGACUGAUGAAGAUGAUGUGCAUCAAAGACCUUUGCCCCAGCCAUCAUUACCCACUAUGAGCUCCAACACAUUCCCUUCAAGAUCUGCCAAGCCCAGCCCCAAGUACACAUUCCCAUUGUCUCACAUGCCGGGAGCCUUCUCAGAAAGUAACAUUGGCUUCCAGCAGAGUGCCUCCCUGCCUCCAUACUUCUCUCAAGGUCCCAGCAAUAGACCACCUCUCAGGAAUGAAGGUAGAAACUUACCCUUGCCAGUUCCAAACAGGCCGCCGCAGCCUCCAUCUCCUGGGGAUGAAGAGACUUCUCUAGAUGAAGAGUGGUACGUCUCAUAUAUUACCCGGCCAGAGGCAGAAGCUGCUCUUAGGAAGAUAAACCAGGACGGCACUUUCCUGGUUAGAGAUAGUUCUAAGAAAACAGUAAACAAUCCGUAUGUCCUCAUGGUGUUGUACAAAGACAAAGUUUACAACAUUCAGAUCCGUUACCAGGAGGAAAGUCAAGUAUACUUGUUGGGGACUGGACUUCGAGGAAAAGAGGACUUUCUGUCUGUAUCAGAUAUUAUUGACUACUUCAGGAAAAUGCCACUGUUGCUCAUUGAUGGAAAAAACCGAGGCUCCAGAUACCAGUGCACGCUGACAUAUGCUGCAGGGUGUCCAUAGCAAGUUAGCCAAGCAAGUCAGUCUCCCGACUCUUGUCAAUGCAGGAGGAUCAAGCAGCCUUAGGAAGUGGAUGAACACUUAGGACUAAAGCAGACCCUCAAGGUGGGCAGAGUUUUGCCCUUUCCUUUAAAAAGUGUUUGAAGAUUGCUGAAUAUCCCAUAAUUUAUUUAUUUUCUUCAAUGUCUGUGAAGUGCAGACAUAAUCACGUCCAUAUAUGAAGUCUAAGAGUGAAUUGCAGUACUUCAUCUCAAGACAUGAGAUUUUGAACCAUCCAUCUCAAAAUACAGUACUUUACAUACUACAGAAAUAAUGUGGGGCAAGUUUAAGAAGUACUGAAACUGAUUGUUUUUUGAUCUCACAUGUUUUAUAAUGAAACUUUGUCAGUCCAAGGCAACUUGUUUUUUACACAGCUUAAAACAAUUAACUUUCUGAGCAUCAAUAACUUAAGAGGCUCCAGAAACAUAACCCCAUUCUUUCUUAUUUGGUUUUUCAGGGAGUAUUUGCAUAUAUUUUUUAUUUGAGA